AUGGCCGCGCUGCCGGGUGGGGCCCACGCCGCCGGCGCCGCGGACCCGAUGCAGGUGGACCAGCCGCUCCCCGCCGCCGCCGCAGCGGCAGCCGCAGCACACGCCCCCGCCGACGCCAAGCAUGCUGGUUCUAUGAUUGAAGGGAGUGACCCAGUCACGGGUCAUAUAAUCUCGACAACUAUUGGAGGGAAGAAUGGAGAGCCUAAAAGGACUAUCAGCUACAUGGCAGAGAGAGUUGUGGGAACUGGAUCAUUCGGAAUCGUCUUCCAGGCAAAAUGUCUGGAGACUGGUGAGACUGUUGCGAUUAAGAAGGUUUUGCAGGACAAGCGCUACAAGAACAGGGAGCUGCAAAUCAUGCGAUCUAUGGAUCACUGCAAUGUUGUUUCCUUGAAGCAUUGCUUCUUCUCUACCACAAGCAGAGAUGAACUUUUCCUUAACUUAGUGAUGGAGUUUGUUCCUGAGUCACUAUAUCGUGUGUUGAAACAUUACAGCAAUAUGAACCAGAGGAUGCCGCUUAUUUAUGUUAAAUUAUAUACUUACCAGAUAUUUCGAGGUUUAGCCUAUAUUCACACAGUACCUGGAGUUUGCCACAGGGACGUGAAACCACAGAAUCUUUUGGUUGAUCCGCUGACUCACCAAGUGAAGAUAUGUGAUUUUGGGAGUGCCAAAAUGUUGGUCAAAGGUGAAGCAAACAUAUCAUAUAUAUGCUCACGUUAUUACCGUGCUCCAGAGCUCAUAUUUGGGGCAACUGAGUACACAACAUCAAUUGAUAUUUGGUCAGCUGGAUGUGUUCUUGCUGAGCUGCUUCUUGGCCAGCCUCUCUUCCCUGGUGAAAGUGCUGUGGAUCAGCUUGUUGAGAUAAUAAAGGUUCUUGGUACUCCAACACGUGAGGAAAUCCGAUGUAUGAAUCCAAACUACACCGAGUUUAGAUUUCCUCAGAUCAAAGCUCACCCAUGGCACAAGAUUUUCCACAAGCGGAUGCCUCCAGAAGCUAUAGAUCUCGCUUCACGUUUGCUCCAGUAUUCACCAAAUCUACGAUGCACUGCUCUUGAAGCGUGUGCACAUCCCUUCUUUGAUGAGUUGCGAGAACCACAUGCGAGGUUGCCAAAUGGACGGCCAUUUCCUCAACUGUUCAACUUUAAACAGGAACUAGCAAAUGCCUCCCCAGAGCUCAUCAACAGGUUGAUCCCAGACCAUGCUAGGCGGCAUCUUGGGCUCACUUUAUUGCCCACUACCGGACCAUAG